AUGGCACCAUGGUUAUGAUCAACGGCACUGUCCUACCUUCAGCAACCAACUUUAUCAUAGACAUCCAAUGUGAUGGUAAGACAAAUCAGGAUGUCGCCUUCCAUUUCAAUCCACGUUUUAAUAAAGGAAAUGUUGUCUGCAACACCAAGAGAAAAAGAAUCUGGGGGAGUGAAGAGCAUAAGUCGGAGGUUCCAUUUACUUUGGGACAACCUUUCGAAAUCCGGACCCUGGUCACAAGACAAAACUACAAAGUUUCAGUGGAUAGAAGUGAAUUUUUGGAAUAUAAUCACAGAAUUCCUGUGGAGCUAGUCACCACUUUAGGUGUAUAUGGAGGUGUUAUUGUGAAAACUGUGGAGAUACAAGCACGAGGGGCUGCAUUCCCCUAA